AUGGCCCUCUGGGAUAAUUGUAAGGGCGGCGGUGCUGAUUGUAGUGUUAACCCGUCUGCCGCGUACGUCGCGCAAUGGGUCCGCGGGGGGCCUCGAUCGGAAACGGACCCGCCGAACCCGUUACCGAGAGCGCCAUGGCCCUACACCGAAAUAGGUGAACACCAUUCCUCUUUCUCGCAUUGCUCUUUUGUCGUCUCUUCCGCGUUUCGUCUCUGGCAUAAGGCCCCCUACCACCUGGGUUACGUGCGUGGGUUUCUCUUUGGGCCGCCGUGUCGGUCCCUUUUUGCCCCGAUAAUAUACGGACGCCGGCGUUCCUGCAGGGAAAUGGCUAUAUUUCUGCUCUUGGGGUCGUGCGGGGGUGUGGGUGCUUAG